GUUUUUAACAGAUAGUGUCUGAAAAAUGACUUCUUGAAAGUGCGAAAAAAAAAAAAAAAAAUGCUCCUCCCUCCGAUCAGAGACGAAAGCUCAACGAUAGUCAUCGUCAUGCCUCACUGACUGAACAUUAGAAACUCAAAAGGGUUUAAUGGCGAGGCAAAGGCCUAAACAGCUGGAGCCAAACAGGAUUGGUUCUUCCAAGCUGGGUUUCGAUGGGGAAGAAGAAGACGGUUGGGUUUUCGUAAAGAAGCAGAGAGUCAUCGUUGUGUUGCCUUCUCUUCCUCUACCUGAGCCUUCUUUCACUCUGGAGAAGCCGCCGCCUGCAGCUUCUCAUCCACAAGUUGAGCUUAGAAGAGACUCCGUUGUUGUUGCUGCUGAUAAUAAUAAUCAAGAAACUGCUCGUGUGGUGGUGGUUCCUUCUCUUCCUCCACCUGAGCAGUUCGUUUCGCAGAAGCCUGAGACUUGUCGGUCACUAGUUGAGUUGAGAGACGUUAUCGCUGCGGAUAUACAUAAAACUACUCCUCUUCACACAGUGGUACCUUCUCUUUCUCUACCUGAGCCUUUCGUUUUUCAGAAGCCUGCAACGUCUCCUGUUCACACAAUGUUGCCUUAUGUUCCUGUACCUGAAACUUCUCAAACACAAGCUGAGUUUAGAGAUGAUAAGCAUGAAGCUUCUCUUGUUCACACUGUGGUGCCUUCUUUUCCGGGAACUGAGCGUAUCACUUUGCUGAAACCUGCAGCUUCCCAAUCACGAGGUGAUUCAAGAGCAGAGGAGGAGAAGCGCAAAGCUAGUCUUGUUCACACAGUGAUGAUGCCUUCUCUUCCGGUAACUGAACAUACCCCUUUGCAGAAACCUGCAGCUUGGAGAUCACAAGCUGAGUUUAGAUCCAAGGAAACGCCCAAAGCUAAGCUUGCUCACACUAUGGUAGUGCCUUCUGGUCCUGUAAACGAACGUGUUAUCGCUUUGCAGAAACCUACAACUUCAAAAUCACAAGCUGAGGAGACGCUCAAAGGUCCUCUUCUUUCAGUAACAGAUCAUCGCAGUUUGCAGAAGCCUGUAGCUUCUCAGUCACAAGCUGCGUUAAGAGCCAAGGAGACGCUCAAAGCUACUCGUGUUCAAGCGGUGCCGCCUUCUCUUCCUGUGCUUGAAUACUGCACUUUGCAGAAGAAGCCUGCAACUUGGCAAUCUCAAGCUCAGGAGACGCGCAAAGCUCCUCUUGCUAACACUGUGGUGGUGUCUUCUCUUCCAGUAAAUUUGCAGAAGCCUGCAACUUCUCAGUCACAAGCUAACUUGAGAGCCAAGGAGACGCCCAAAGCCACUCCUGUUCAAGCAGUGGUGCCUCCUCUUCCUGUGCUUGACUAUUGCACUUUGCAGAAGCCUGCAAGAGACUUUGUAUCAGAUGCUCAGGAAACAGCUGAUUUUCAAGCGGUAGACAAACCGGAGAGGGCGGUGGACCGCAGGAAAGCUCCUCCUCCAGGUCCAAGAAGAUCACUACAGGAACCAGAAAGAAGGCUGGCGAUUCAAAGAAACCGUCGUGCAAGUCACAACAAGCCUGUAAGGUUUCCUAGAGUGAUGUGCAGCUCUGUGGCUAUGGACAACGAGAAGCUUAGAGUAGUGAAUCUGGAGAAGAAGGUUGAGAAAGCAGGAGGGUUGAACGAAUGGGUGGGAUCUAUAGGGUUGGGGAGAGAGUUUGAGAGGAUGCUGAGAGGACAGAGGAUGAGUAAGUUUCAGAUGGCGAAUCUGACGAUGGAGAAGCUUAAGCAGAUGGGUGCUUUAGCUGUUGGACCUAGAAGAAAGCUUAUACAUGCUAUUCGUUGUGUCUAUCACCCGCAUUGUCUUCGUGCUUCCUUUAACUGAAAACAAAAAAAAUACACAUCUUAUCACAGUUUAGUCCUUUUCAUUGUCCAAUAAAGGAAACUUUCAUAAUUACUUGUUUGAUUUAGAGAUUUUCAAAUCUUAAUGGUCAGAGUUUGAUGAGUGCUUGUAAAA